AUGUCCAGCAUACGUGCUAUCUUUGUUGAAUCCCGUGGCCAUGCGGUAUUACGCUCCGUCACUCUUCCUAAAAUUCCCGAUGAUUACAUAUUGGUGAAGACCAAAGCUGUUGCUUUGAAUCCUACCGACUGGAAACACAUACACCUGGAGGAUUGUGCUGAUACCAUCGCUGGUUGUGACUAUGCCGGAGUCGUGGAAGCUAUCGGCCCUAUGGUCAGCAAGGAUUGGAAGAAGGGAGACCGAGUGGCAGGUUUCGUGCAUGGCUGCAAUCUGGUGCAGCCCAAGAGCGGGGCCUUUGCCGGAUAUGUUCUUGCCAAAGGCGAUAUCCAGUUUCGCAUCCCUGAUUUCAUGAGCUUUGAAGCUGCAUCGACCUUGGGCGUGGGUCUGACAACUGUGGGCCAGAAUCUCUACCAAUACCUUCAGCUACCCAGUCCAAGACGUGAAGCAUUGACGGAUGGAUGCGCUGUCGAUGAUCCACCCGAGACUAUUUUGAUCUACGGUGGUGCCACAGCCACCGGAUGCCUGGCUAUUCAAUUCGCUAAGCAGUCAGGUCUCCGUGUUUUGACCACCUGCUCGCAGGUUAACCAGUCAUACAUGUACGACCUAGGCGCAGAUAUCGCCUUCGACUAUCAUGAUCCCCAAGUGGGCGAUCGAAUUCGCGAUGAGACAGAUGACGCGCUAGAGUUGGCUUUUGAUACUAUCUCAACUCCGCAAUCUGCCGCAAUCUGCGCCACUGCCAUCUCAUCUGCAGGAGGAAGUUAUGCUGCGCUACUCGAUGUACGGUGCCCACGUGUAGACGUGGACACCCAAGUGUCGAUGGCUUAUGCGAUGAUUGGGGAGAAAUACCAUCUGGGCAAAUUCGAGAUCGAUGGAAAAUCCGCCGAUCUCGAGUUUGCGACGCGUUGGGCAGAGGAAGUCGAAUUUCUGCUUCAAGCUCGUCAAAUCCACCCGCACCGUUAUCAGAUCAAGCCUGGUGGUCUCGAGGGUGUGCUUGAAGGGCUGCAGCUUCUGCGCGAAGGGAAGGUCCGAGCCUGCAAGCUCGUCUACCCUGUGGAUGAAACUCAGUAG